CGCAUCGAUAAAUCCCAAUUCGCCGGGCAGCAAUCGGCCAAAUUCUGUUGUUGUGAUUAGGGAUAUAUACAGGAUAUAGCUGCGAGGGAUCGAAAAUGGGCCUGCUGUCCGAUCCGUCGAUAUCGACGCAGAGUAAACUGGUGGACGGACUGGCGCGACAUGUUCGCUUGGUGUGCUACGCCCUUUAUGUGGCGGGUGUGGCCUGGUUCUUCUGUUUGGCGCUCCCGGAGUUUAACCACGGGACAUAUCUCUCCGAGAAUGCCCUUUCCCCAGGCCUAGUUUACCCGGAGAUCCGUAUCGAUGCCAAUCGCCUGGCCAUUCAGCUGUUGGAGGAGUUGCAUCGCGAGCGCAAGGAUCACCUGUCCACAACGCCGCACGCCUGGAUUGCGGCCAAGAUGAACGAGUUCGGGCUGGAGACGCACACCCACAACUACACACUGCGUUAUCCUUUUGGCGGCGGAAAGGAGUAUCACGGCAAAAACAUAUACGGAAUAUUGAGGGCGCCGAGGAUUGCCUCCACGGAGGGCAUUGUUUUCGCGGCUCCUUAUCGUGCCGCCAGCUCCGUGCACACAGACAUCUCGGCCAGCGUGCCGCUCCUGCUGGCCUUUGCCGAUUUUGCAAGGCGCAAGAACUACUGGGCCAAGGAUCUGAUAUUCCUGGUCACUGAACAGGAGCAGCUCGGCAUGCAGGCCUGGCUGGAGGCCUAUCACGACGGGGAUCGGGAUCUAGAUGUCAGCAAGGCGUAUCUGCGUCCAGGGAAUUUGCCCGCUCGCGCCGGCUCGCUGCAAGCUGCCCUAAACAUUGAAGUCCAGGAUCUGGAGAUCGACCAUGUGGAUGUGCGCAUCGAGGGUUUGAAUGGCAAGCUUCCCAAUCUGGACAUGUUCAAUUUAGUGCAGAGGAUUAUGGCCCGCGAGGGAAUCGCCUCAGGUUAUAAACAGGCGCCGCGCAAGAAGCGGCGCCAUAGUCAGUCCCCCUUUGAGCAGAAUCUUCGCCAGAUGCUGACCAUGCUGGCCAGCCAAUCGUCGGGCGUGCCUAACGGGAAUCACGGUCUCUUCCAUCGCUAUCGGAUUGAUGCCCUAACCAUAGCCGCUAAUCGGAGGGCCACCCAUGCCACGCUGAAAGGAAGUCCGGGAUCGGCGGCAGUGCCUCUGUUAAAAGCCAUCGAAGGGAUAGCCAGGAGUCUAAACAAUCUGCUGGAGCGCUUCCACCAGAGUUUCUUCUUCUAUGUGAUCGUGAACAAUGAUCGGUACAUCUCCAUCGGAGAUUAUAUGCCCGCUUUGGUGGCUCUGGUGGCAUGUGCCUUUGUGAAGGCCUAUCUAACGUGGUCCACGUUGCCGGUGACCAAUGCUGAACAAGAAACACCGGCGGGCUUGGUCAGGGAGCAGGAGCAGGAGGAGGAACUGGAGCCGGACUCUGAACCGGAUAAAUUUGAGCUGCCCUAUGGCUCGGUGUUGAUAUAUCUCACUGCCACCUUGCUGAUUGGUUUCCUGUGCAACGUGCUACCGCUGCAGCAGUACUUCCUGGAGAUUCCCAUGGGCGCCGCUCCGCUGACCACCUCGGUGCUGAGUUUCCUGUCACUUAUUGGUUUCAUCCUGCCAUUUGUGGUCGUUCUGCCGCCUGGAGGAUUGGAGCUACUGCACGUGGCAUUCCUGCUGAUCUAUGGCUGCGCCUUGAUCGUCAUCGGGUUGCUCAACUUUGCCCUGGGAUUCUUUGCGGCCGUGCUGACGGUGCCGUUGGUCAUCUCGCUGGAGACCAAGGAGGAGAACUCGCGCAGCACGCUGAGGAACUCGGUCCGCUUGGCCACGCUGGUCAUGAACCCCAUGAUGGUCAUCUAUGUGAUCGUGCUGGCCAUGACGUUCUACCAGUUCCCAGAGCUGUCGUUGCAGAAGAUCAUGCUAAGGGCGGCCACCGCGGCCAUGGAUGCAUCUGCUUACGGGCUCAUCGAUUCCGUGAUCUAUGGCAACUGGCUGUACUUUGUCAUCUGCACGAUCUUCCUGCCCCUGUGGAUCAUCUGCUGGACCUUGGCGCUGUCCAAGAGACGAGACUACGCCGAUUACCUGGACUUCGAUGAGUCGCCAUCAACGUCGCCGCAGCCGAAGGUGAAAACAAAUUGAAGAGGAGGUCCAUUCAAAUGUUACUCAGUGUUUGAUUGAAUGUCUACAUAUAUCAACUGGAAAUUGUCCUAAGAUAAAGUGUGAUAAACCCAACAAAUGUGUGUAAUGACGGUAAGAAAUUGAAGGACUUACAUUGCACAUGCAGAUAAAAUUCCAUUUAAAUGUUAUGCAUUUGAUUAAUUGUCUAAAUAAAAGAAGCCUAUUUAUUAGUUGGAAA